CUUCAUUGCUGUUCGAUGUGUCAAUGGAAAGUGGUUCAGUGCGCUCCUAAUUGUCAAUUUUGGAUCAUAUUUUACUAUUUCAUUAAAACAAAAACACGGAUUAAAUGUAAAAGAUAACUAAGUGUUACUCCAAAAUGCGUGAAUAAUUAAAAAGAAUGGAAAUGUUCAUAGGAGGGAACUUAAAUAUUCGCUGGGAAGCGGUUUUAGUGAUUUGUUUACUUUUUUAUUCGUACUCAGAUGCUCUCGACCUAGCACAAUGCCGCACAUCCCUGGGUAUGCAAUCGGGCGAGAUCCCAGACUCUGCCAUAACAGCUAGCUCCUCGUUCAACGAUGACAGCGUUGGACCAAGAAAUGCCAGAAUCCGUACAGAGACGAACGGUGGUGCGUGGUGUCCGAAGACAACGAUCCAGCGUGACUCGUAUGAGUACCUCCAGAUCGACCUUGGCGGACUCACCGUUCUCACCAUGGUGGAAAUACAGGGACGCUUUGGCAAUGGACAGGGCCAGGAGUUCACAGAGGAGUUCUUGCUUGAGUACCAGAGGGAGGAUGGGGGAGAGUGGAUGAGAUUCCGCAACAAACGUGGAGAAGAGCGUUUUGAGGGGAAUGAGAACACGUACUCUGCAGAGCUUCGCGAGGUAUCUCCGCCCAUUAUUGGAAAGCGUGUGAGGUUUAUCCCAUACUGUAGGAGUCCCCGUACUGUGUGUCUACGCGUGGAGAUGUACGGGUGCCCAUGGACAGACGGCAUUGUGUCCUACUCUGUACGCCAAGGUGACAAGAGAGGGGCAGAUGUGGAUUUCUAUGACUUCACGUAUGAUGGAACAAUCAUUGGGGGGUACCUACAUAACGGCCUCGGACAGCUCACUGAUGGGGAAGUUGGGGAUACAAACUUUCGCUUAGACCCCCAGGAGCUCGGGAUAAAAGGUUACGAGUGGGUCGGAUGGAAAAACGACACUUUAGAAGACCCUGGUCCGGUUUCUGUCGUGUUCAAGUUUGACACAGUGAGGAAUUUCUCAACAGUGAUGAUGUUUUGUAAUAAUUAUUUCACAAAGGAUGUGCGUGUGUUUGAUUAUGCUGAUAUAUAUAGCAGUAUUGGCGGGAAGUAUUAUUCACAAAAGAUUGAGAGAUUUUAUUUCAUAAGGGAUACUGUGGUGGAAUAUGCGAGACAAGUCCAGAUUAAGUUGGAACAUAUCGUGGCAAAAUAUAUCAAAAUUGACUUAUACUUCGACGCAAAGUGGGUAUUGAUCAGCGAGGUGCAAUUUGAAUCAAAGCCAGCUGUGGGCAACUUUAGUGCAGAGUUACCUCCCAUCACCACAGUUGCCAUGUCAACAAAACAUCCGUUAGGGGUUGAUAAACCGAAGUGGAACAACAAGCCGCCCAAUUUUGAUGUAGAUUCAGUGGAUGGGAUUAAACCUCAUGUUUUUGAUGCGGAUAACUUGGAUGGACCAAGAAUACAUAUAGGUCAAGAAAUGAACGACUUGUACCCAGGCGAGGAUACAUAUGGAAUUAACCGGAUCAGCCAAGAUGAUGAUGGUCUUCAUAAAACGGAAGAGCAAAAACCUUUCGAGGAACAAUACAUUGGCAUAAUUAUAGGGGCGUUAGCAUUUCUGAUAGUAGUUUUAUUUGCCAUUGUGAUGUUUAUUGUCAUACGGCAUAAGAAGCGCAAGCACAACAACAACAGACUCGGGAUGAAACCAGUCGUCGACCAUGUGACCAUCAACAUGAGUAACGUAAAUGCGCUGCACGGGAAACUCGGGGGAAAGAUGUCCAAUGGCUCGAUGUACAAGGGAGUGCCGACGGACGAGCUGGACGCCCAUAUUUGCAACGGUGGGGACAAAGUUUUGAAAGGCUAUUCUGACCCUAAAGAUUCCAUUCAAGGUCGAAACCUUCCCGACCUUCCAUCUAGUUCUGAGCUGCAAGACUGCAGGGACUACGCUGUGCCCGACGUGACCAAGUCUGCUCUGAAGGUGGCUCUACCCCCGGUGUACCCGCCCCAGGUCCCGACACUGCGGGGCGCAACCCUUAAUCAGCUAGACCUUGCCCCACCCACGUAUGAUGCCCUGUACGCGGCCGCGGACGUUGUCAACCAUCAGGGGCUUAACAUUCCAAAUCUACAGGGUGCUACAGGCAACAGUGUAUAUUCCAUACCCAACGCGGAGCUGUUGUUGAGCAUUGAGCUGUCUGUGGUCGAGUUUCCCCGGGAGAACCUCCGUUUUGUCGAGGUGCUGGGAGAGGGACAGUUUGGAGAGGUUCACCUAUGUGAGGCUGCAGACAUUGGUGAAUAUCUCCAUGACGACUAUACAAUGGCGCGCAAUGCCAACAGGCCUGUCCUUGUGGCUGUGAAGAUGCUGAGAAAGGGGGCAGAUGAUCGUGCAAGAGCCGACUUCCAGAAGGAGAUCAAGAUUAUGUCGCAGUUGAAGGACGCGAAUAUUGUGCGUGUGCUGGGCGUGUGUGUCCGAGAGGAGCCGUUGUGUAUGAUCGUUGAGUACAUGAAGUAUGGUGACCUAAACCAGUUCCUGCUUGAUCACGUCCCCGAGUCCCCCAUGGCCGAGGCCACCAAUGCUAAGACCCUAAGCUAUGGUUGUCUGAUCUAUAUGGCAUCCCAGAUCGCAUCCGGAAUGAAGUACCUUGAGUCUCUAAACAUGGUUCACCGUGACCUUGCAACGCGAAACUGCCUUGUUGGUACAAACUUCACCAUCAAGAUAUCAGACUUUGGGAUGAGUCGGAGCUUAUAUAGUGCUGACUACUAUAGAAUUGAGGGACGGGCUGUGCUGCCAAUAAGAUGGAUGGCAUGGGAAUCCAUAUUACUGGGCAAAUUCACCACGAAGUCUGACGUGUGGUCAUUGGGCGUGACAUUAUGGGAGAUACUCACAUUCGCUCGUGACCAGCCGUAUGAUACAAUGAGUGACGAACAGGUCAUCGAAAAUGCAGGUCACUAUUAUAGAAAUGACAAUAAACAGUUGUACCUUCCCAAGCCAGGGAACUGCCCUAAGGAGAUUUAUGACUUAGUUCUGGAGUGCUGGAAUAGGGCAGAGAGUGAGAGACCUAGUUUCCGUGAAAUCCAAAUGUUCCUGCAGCGAAAGAAUAUGGGAUAUAAUCCAAAAGAUGAGAAAAUGAACCAGAUCAAGGUUCCUAUCUGCUGACUAGCAGCAGACAACAUCGAAAGUGGUGUAAUCUCUAAACAAGGAAGUGGUUUAGUCACUAACCCAGGAAGUGGUAUAAUCUCUAAACCUGAGGCUGGAAUAGUCUCCAAGCCUUCUCAUGAGAAAGCAUUUAAAGAUAAAAACAGGGUCAGUAAACCUGUCAAUAAACAAAAUUGGGAUCCUUCCACUAAAGGUUCUCUGAACUGUGGUAAUGAUACUAACGGUAGAAACCUGGCUACUACUGUGCCGGACAAGGAAGGACCUCUAGUGCUAGAAAAUAGUACCGCUAAUGGCUUUAAGAGCAUGGAUAAACAUGAAACUGACAAGGUUUCAACUUCGAAACCAGAGAGUGACCUACCUACAUGUAAACGCUAUGCUAGAAAAAAUAAUGGUGCCAUGCAACACUUCACAAAAGACACAAAGACUUUACCUAUGAACCAAACUUCAUAUGGAUUUGAUAGGAAUGUGAUUGGUGAAGUUAAGAUAAGCAAUGUAGUUGUGACAAAGCCAACAGUACAAAUGGAGAAUAUUGUCACUAACAUUUAGUUUGCUUUUGUGAAGUGGAAUAUAUCUUGCUCUGUACUGACGAUUACUUUAAUUUAGGGAGAGAUUGAUUUUCCUUUUAAGUUAAGAUUUCUUUAUUUCUUAUGCCACCAUGUUGACUAUUUGACAAACUGUGCUGAAUAAUACAUGAUAAACCUGCUGUGUAGGAAGCAAUCAUGUCGUGGUUAAACUUAAAUACACAAUGUCUUGAGCAUGGUUAUAACACCAACGUUUGUGAGAAAAAGUUCUCGUCAGUACAAAGCAAUCUUCACAUCUUUUCAAUGUGGUGGCUUCACAGUCAUGAUCGAUAGUUUCCCUGCAUCUCUUUUUCUAGCCAAAGACUAUAAAUGUCAAAGAAUGCAGGCCUGUCCUCUUAGGUCAUUGUGUAAUUAAAACACAAUUUACGCAAUCAUCUGUAGUUUAUGUACCAGUCAAAUUUGAUGUGUUCAUCAGGUUUUGAGAUGUCUGUAAAUAUCUCCGCAGUGCUGAUUGUAAUACUGUCUUGUAACUUUUGAAGACACAAAUGUUGUACACAUGUGAUAAACUCUCAUGUGUAAUAUGUAUCUGAAGUGUUAAAAUCUUUUUCAUAAUAGUAAAGACAUUACUCAGUUUAUUCAAGAAAUUUUAAAUUAUGAUGGUUAUAAAAAUUAUAAUAUUUGUCUUUGUGCGUUUUUGUUUUAAAGUUCCACGUAAAAUUAAUUUAUUUUCAAAUAUUAAUAUAAUAUAAUAAAGUAAUAAUUACUAUUACUAUUCUUCCAUUCUGCUAUUGUGUGAUAUCUAUUUGGGCUAUACAGUAUACUGUUUUGUAAAUGUUGUUUUCUGCAGAUUGUACAUAAACCUGAAUUGUAUAUAUUUUUUUUAUUCAUCUGGGGUCAUAAUUGCUUAUUUCUCUAGUCUGAGUUUGAGUAUCAAUACCGACAACUGCUAAUCUGGAUAGUUUUGAAAUAAGUAUAAGCAGAGUAUUGAUGAUCAAAAAUGCUGUAUUCCAUAUGUUACAUGUGACUAGCAUCACUUUUAUUUGGUAACAGUUUGUCAAAUGAAAUGGACUUUUUGUUCAAUUUAUUCAUUCACUUCUCAAACUCGGAUUCUGGACAUUAGUAAAUAUGGGCCCUGGAUGUGUAGCAUUUUACAUUCAGAUUGUUAAUAUAGUGAAUGUACUAGUUAAACAGUUUAAUAGAAAUGCCAUCUUGUGGGAGAGAUGGCUUGCUAAGGUGCCACAUCUUAAAAGGUUAAACAUGGUGUCUUUAGCAAAUCUGUUUUUUGGCCUUGGGGUCAGUGUGGUGCAAACAAUUUUAACAUUUGCUAUAUGAAAACAUAUUUGAUAACAUUAUAUUUAUAUUUGAAAACAAAACAUUCAAGAUAUUCAAAUGAAACUUGGUACAUAUGUUGCCAGAGAUAUUACGCACAUGUAUGGUAAGGCCCAUAAUGUUUUUAAUAAAUGUCAAGCUAUGCCCCUUUUUCAACUGAAAAAAAAUAUGUUGGUGUUUGCUCUGUUGCAUUCUUGUUGAUAAACCAAACUUAAUAUAACACAUUUUAUUUUAAAAGGAUGCCCUGACUUUAAAAAUAGAAACCAGAUUUCAAUUUUAGCAUUGAAUUGUUCGUGAUCAUAGUUUCAAAGGUUUAAUAUGGUACUUAUGUUUUUCAGAUAUGUAGCGAAUGUUUAGCAUGCAACCUAUUAAAUCACAUCUGUGUUAAAGUUUUGAUAUUUUUUCCAAGUAUUUUAUAAUUAUUCAAGAAUAUAUGUGUUUUUUACUGUAAACCUUGAUAUUUAUUUACUUUUUAAUUUUUGGUUAAAAUGAAAUACCAUUGUGUGUUAUAACAGUUUUAGGACUUAUUUCUAGUCAGUCUAUAAAUGUCCCAUUUGAAAAUAUCAAGUGUGAAUGGAUUGUACUAACAAAUGAAUUAUUUUAUACUUUUCAUUUGAUUUAUAAACAUGUGUAUUCAUAGAAUCAUUUUAAUGGAUUUAUGUUUCCACGAGGCAAUGAAAUAUAUAUAGACCUCAAGAAUGCUUGCUCAUUGAAUCUACAUUUGUUUUUCUCUGAAGAGGAUUUUUCGAAUUGUUUUUUUUUUUGGCAUGGUACAUUUGUAGGUAGUUUUUAAUAAAUGUGAACAAAUGUUUUCUUUUUUGUAAAAAGGUAUAAUGCAUUUUUCUUGAGUGAUAAAGAUGUUGUCAAGAAUAAAAUGUAUACUUGAUAAAAAAAAAAAUGACAUUGAAUCUCAUUGUAACAUGUAUUGAAGGAAAAGUGAAUGUUUAUUAGUAUUUUGUCAUGUUUAUAUUGUUCAUUCAUUGUAGAUCUGUAUUGUAUAUGGAUCCUGUUUUGUAAAAAGGGCUGUAUUAAGGCUCUUUAUUUGAAUUCUUUGAACAAGUUAUUAUCUAUUUAUAAACUAUUCAACAAAUAAAAUGACCAAACAAUGA